UAUUGACAACACUGAUUACAAAUGUCAACGUCACAUGGCCAUACGAAUUGCAUUUUUAUUUUGCUUUUGAGGUUAUAUUGGUAAAUAUGAUGAUAACAAAUAUUUUUAUAUUUUAAGAAUAGUGUAUCAAAUAAGAAAUGGACGAAAGCAAUGAAAAACAAUUUACAGAGAUUGGCGUAAAGCCGUGGCUUAUCAAACAGCUGCAUACAUUAGGAAUAAGAUCGCCAACACCUAUCCAAAAAGGAUGUAUAUCGCGGAUAUUGGCUGGGGACGAUUGCAUUGGUGCUGCUAAAACGGGUUCAGGGAAGACUUUCGCUUUCGCCCUACCUAUCCUACAGCAUUUAGCUGAGGAUCCAUAUGGGAUUUUUGCAUUAGUACUCACUCCUACACACGAGCUGGCUUACCAGAUAGCAGAUCAAUUCACAGUACUCGGCCAACCUUUGAAAUUGCGUGUAUGUAUAGUGACAGGGGGUACAGACCAAAUAGAGGAGUCAUUGAAAUUGGCCAAGAGACCACACAUAGUGGUUGCCAUGCCGGGGAGAUUGGCAGAUCAUAUCUCCGGAUGUGAUACUUUCACUUUGAAGAAAAUUAAGUAUUUGGUACUUGAUGAGGCAGACAGACUCUUCAGUGAAUCAUUCCAAGAAGAUCUAGAAACAAUAUCCAAUGCGCUGCCAGCAAAGAGACAAAACUUGCUCUUCUCAGCCACUAUAACGGAAGAUGUCAGAGAAUCUAAGAUUCUUCCUCUAAAUAAAGAAAAACUGCAGAUAUGGACAGAGACUGACCCACAGCUGACCGUUUCGACCCUAGACCAGCGAUACGUUGUGUGUCCGGCGUAUGCGCGCGACGUGUACCUAGUACAGACGCUGCGCAAGUACAGGGAGACUAAGCCUAGCUCCCAUAUUAUAGUCUUUACAGACACUAAAAAAGAAUGCCAAGUGCUUUCCAUGAUGUUGAACGCGAUAUCCAUGGACAAUGUAUGCCUCCACGGGUUCAUGAGGCAGAGGGAACGCGCCGCAGCACUCACCCAAUUCCGAAGCAACUUGAAGUGCACGCUGGUUGCUACCGAUGUAGCGGCGCGGGGUCUCGAUAUACCGACUGUAGACCUAGUCGUCAAUCACAAGCUGCCGUUGCAUGUUAAAGAGUAUAUCCAUAGAGUGGGAAGAACAGCUCGUGCUGGUAGAAGUGGGUUGGCAAUAUCCCUGAUCACUCCUUACGAUAUACUUCGUUUGGGCGAAAUUGAAGAACAAAUUAAGACUAAACUGACAGAAUACAAAAUUGACGAUGACGAGGCAGUGAAGGUGUUCACUACGGUGAGCGUGACGCGGCGCGAGCAGGAGGCGCAGCUUGACAACGAAGAGUUCGAGCAACGGAAACGGAACUACCGCCACAAGCGCUGGAUACAGGCCGGCGUCGACCCGGAACUCAUGGAGCAGGGGUUGGAAGAAAUGCGUAGAAAACGAAUAAAAGCUGCGAAGAAAGAGAAAUUAUCGAAAAUAAAGCAAUUGCAAUCACAAUUUAAAAACGAUGAAGAAGGAAAGAAUGAAGACAGAUUAAUUUCAAUGGAGACAGAAGACGCAGACAUAGAUAAAACAAUCAAAGACAACUUGAAGAAAGUUAACAAAACCUUAAUGAAGAAGGAUGAUCGGUUCAAGAAUGUUAUUGGAAAGAUAAGUAAAAUUAAACGCAAAGCGGAUAAUGCAAAGCAGAAGUUAGAAGCAAACGAGAUUAAAAAGAAGAAAAAGAAAAAAGUUACAGAUGAGAAAUAAAAAAAGUAUAUUGUUA